AUGUCUUCAUUCCUCAACUCGGUGCUUUACACAAAUAUUGCCAAAGCGGUUCAAGUGUUGAUAGCACCUAGAAACACAGAUGAAAAUUUUAAUAGAGCAGAAGAAUCAUUUCAAUCACACGAGCAAAUAUUGGAGAAUCAAAAUUUGUUUGGCCAAGAUGAAAAACAGCAGCUCUUCUUUCCCGAUGGUCGGCCAAGAGUUCCUAAGAGUCUUGAAUCAACAAGAAAUAACGAUCGUGUAAAAUAUAUACAAUCGUUACUCACCCAAGGCGAAACAAACAAUUCAUCGAACCUUCCCUUCAAUCUCGUUCUUCCUCUUAUUUUUCAAAAUCUAAUUGAAACAUCUCAUCAAACUACACAAGUUGAAUAUUACAGCAAGGAAGAGUUUCAACAACUGUCGCUUGAAGAAAGAAAAAGAAGACAACGUUUGUUAGAAAUUUCAGAAAAUUAA